UCUACGAUCAUCUGUUCACACUGGUCACCCAUCACUAUAUGACAACAAAAACAACAACAACAACUGCAGUGGUUUACGUGCGUGAAAAUUAGUUAAGUUUUUAAAACAAAACAAAUAUAGAGUAUUUUACACAUAUGUAAACGCACAACUAUUGUUCUAAAUGGUACAACAAACGGGCAGGCAAACAAUAAACGGCAGCAACAAAUCGCAGCGCUGUUAAACAACGUGAAUUGCAAAAGUGAAAACAGUGCCAAAAGCAAAAAGAAAAGGCUAUACAUUCAUACAACCGUACAUUACUACAUAUGCAUAUGUACAUAUAUACAAGUGGUGCUCGCGUUGCACUCGACGCCCCUGUUCAAUAAGUUAUUUACUUGGAAUUUUUGUUGUAGUGUGUUGCAAUUUCAACAGCUGCAGCAAUAGCAGCUAAAAACCACAGCCAAACAUACACCCACAUACUCACACACACUCAUCCAUUCACACAUACAUACUACACAGACGUAUAUAGCUUUGUGCAUAUUGCGUAUUGCAGAGUGAGUGAAGAUAAACCGCAACAACGAUUCAGCUUCAACGUUUUACCUUCAACUUACACACACACACACCCACACACGCACACCCUCAACACAUGUCUUACAUGAUGGCCAAAACUCUGGAGGAGCAAAGCCUGCGCGAAUGCGAACAUUAUAUACAAUCGCAUGGCAUUCAGCGCGUCCUCAAAGACUGCAUCGUCCAGCUCUGCGUCUGCCGACCGGACAAUCCUGUCCAAUUCCUGCGCAACUAUUUUCAAAAACUGGAACGGGAACAAGUCAAACUGGAUGCCAGCAAACAGGUAAUCAGCCCAGACGAUUGUGAGGAUCUCAGUCCAAUGCCACAAACAGCUGCACCGCCCGUUCGCAGGCGCGGCGGCAUCUCCGCCGAGCCGGUGACCGAAGAGGACGCCGCCAACUAUGUUAAAAAAGUCGUACCCAAGGAUUACAAGACAAUGAAUGCCCUGUCCAAGGCCAUAGCCAAAAAUGUGCUCUUCGCCCAUUUGGAUGAGAGCGAACGCUCCGACAUAUUCGAUGCCAUGUUCCCGGUGAAUCAUACGGCUGGCGAGAAUAUCAUACAACAGGGCGACGAAGGCGACAAUUUCUAUGUCAUCGAUGUGGGCGAGGUGGAGGUGUUUGUAAACUCCGAAUUGGUGACCACCAUCAGCGAGGGCGGCAGCUUUGGUGAGCUGGCUCUCAUCUAUGGUACACCACGUGCUGCCACGGUGCGUGCCAAGACCGAUGUCAAGCUGUGGGGCAUCGACCGCGACAGCUACAGACGCAUCCUGAUGGGCUCAACCAUACGUAAGCGCAAAAUGUAUGAGGAAUUCCUGUCGCGUGUCUCGAUACUAGAGAGCCUGGACAAGUGGGAGCGCCUCACCGUUGCCGAUUCGCUGGAGACGUGCGCCUUCGAGGAUGGUGAAACGAUUGUCAAACAGGGCGCAGCAGGCGAUGACUUCUAUAUUAUACUCGAGGGCUGUGCCGUUGUCCUGCAGCAGCGCUCCGAGCAGGGCGAAGAGCCCGCCGAGGUGGGUCGUCUGGGCUCCAGCGAUUACUUUGGCGAGAUCGCUUUGCUGCUAGAUCGGCCACGUGCAGCAACAGUUGUCGCUCGCGGCCCGCUCAAAUGUGUCAAGCUGGACAGAGCGAGAUUUGAACGCGUUUUGGGCCCCUGCGCGGAUAUUCUCAAGCGCAACAUAACGCAGUAUAACAGUUUCGUUUCACUGUCCGUCUAAGCUGGCCAAAAACCACCAACAAUAACAACAAGUACACUACAUCAACAACAACAACA